CGGCUUUGGGGCUCCCUGGGCGCGAGCUUCCAUGGAGGUGACGCGGCGGUGGCGGAGAUCGCUGGCCCGGACUAAGCACUGCAGGGAGAGGACACUCGGCUACCUUGGGCCUCGGCUUGUCUCUCCCCGCGCACUUCACUGCGCGCCUUCCUUCGUACUACUUGAGGGUCAUGCUCUGGUCCGGGGGCGCCCAGCCUUUCCUCGGGCCCCACGGCACUUUCCUCGCCCAGCCACGCACCCUUGUGCACCCCUGCGCGCCGGGGCCAGGUGGUGGAGGCCGUGGAGGGCCUGGCCGCUGAUUGGCUGCUGCGACCGCGGGGCGGGGCAGGGAGACAGCUGGGGUGAGGGUGAAGUCGACGAGGAGGAGGGAUGCAACCGAGUGGCCCGUGACCUGCGGGCGGAGUUCUCGGCUAGGGCGUCGUCGGAACCUAGAAAGGACUCGCUACUCCGGCCAGAUGGGGACGGGUCUCCCGCCCUGCCCGAUAAACGCAAUGGCAUUUUCUCGGCGGAUGCGGGCGGCAGAGUCCAAGCCCGGCGCUGGCCGGUCCAGGUCCUUUCAGUUCUCUGUUCGCUGCUGUUUGCCAUCCUCCUCGCCUUCCUUCUCGCCAUCACCUACCUGAUCGUAAAAGAGUUACAUGCUGAAAAUUUGAAGAACGAAGAUGAUGUACACACUGGACUGUUAGGAUUCUGGACUCUACUUAUAAUAUCCCUAACUGCCGGAUUUUCCUGCUGCAGCUUUUCUUGGACAGUGACUUAUUUUGAUUCUUUUGAACCAGGAAUGUUUCCUCCUACUCCUCUUUCACCUGCCAGGUUUAAAUCGAAUGGCUCCUUUGUCUUCCAGGACUUCCCAGGAGAAAUGAGUGCAGAUGCUUACCACCCACCACAGGAAACUGACUGGACAUUCUUUCCACAUGGGCUAUAGUAUGGCAAUUUUGAAUGGCAUUGUAGCUGCUCUUACUGUAGCUUGGUGCCUCAUGUAAACCCACACUGAAGCAAUAUUCUUGACAAAACUUAGUCAUGAUUGCUUUGUAAUAACAGGGAAGAACAUCAUUGCCUACUCAGAAGACCAAGAAACCUUCUGCUCAUUAUGUGGUUCAGAUACGUGUCAUAUCAUCAUCAUUAUGGAGGACUUUUUAAGCAUCGUUCUAGAGCCUAGGCAUUGGGAAUAUCUAAGUAUUAAGUUUCAAGUAAUGCUUAAAAGUGUAAGAUGUUUACCUCAUCUUUUUACUUUUGUGUGCAUUGUCCUUAUAAGUUGUAGAAAACAUUUUAAUGGAACUCAAACUCAAAAACUUGGAUGCAGAACAUCCUGUAUCAAUGCCUGCCUUUCCAUGUAUAUGUAUAUACUACAUUUUUGCUAAGAAAUACUGAUAGUACUGUUUGAGAUAGAAAUAUUUCUUAUUUAUUCAUUAUAUUAGGAAAGCAAACAAUGCCUACUACUUUGACAUUUUACAGAAGCUACUUUUAAAUCAGAAUAUUUAGUUUUCGAUAUAUAGAAGGUGCAUUUAUAUUUUUUAAUGGGCUAUGGUUCUUUAUGUGUUUUUUUACAUAUUUUCCUACUAUAUCUUGAAUUUGUAUGUUUUUUAAUUGUUACAUCUAGGCAAAUGUGAAUGUUAUUUUUUAGCUCGUGCAAACCUUAAUACCUACCAUUUUUAAUAAGUAUUUUGUCUUUUAAGAAAAGCACACUGGCCUGAGUUUAAAACUAAGUAAACUUAUUUAAAAAAAACAACAAAAAAAACUGAAAAAAGUUUAAUUAUUUAAGCCAUGAAAAUAUUCAGGAAAUUUAAAGCUAUUCACUAUUUCCAUUUUCACAAUUCCAAAUAUUUAUCAUGGUGUAUAUAUGAUUACUUCAACAAAACUGAUAUUAUCUUGUUUUUAAUAAAUAUAAGCCUGAAGUUUUUAUGUUUAGAAAUGCUUGAACUAGUUUGUUUUUAAUCUCCAAAAUUUGGUUACCAAAAUAGAAAAGGUAUUUUGAUAUAGUGUGUACAUGUAUAAUUUUUUAAUGUAUAGUUUCCUUGUUUUCCUAUUUAAAUGUUCUUUUAUAAUUGUGCUGUUUUGUUUUUUCAUAGUAAUUAAGCCUUAAUUGUUCCCACUUCCUUUCUAAAUACCUGUUUAGAAUAGUCACUUCAAUUUUAGAAAGAUGGACUAUUUUAAAUACUGUUUUCCCUGGCCACAGAAAAACCUACAUUAGGAUAGCAUUGUGUAGCAAAACUGCUUAUUCAGGCCAAAUGGGAAAUGAGUAUCUGCAGUGUGUUCCUGUUAUCUGCUGAUUGUUGUUACUGAGUAAAUGAUUUAAUAAUGUUUCUAAAAGUCUUAACAUUUUUUUACUAUUCAAAAACCUUUUAUUGGAAAUGCCAAAUGCUGCUCUAAUUUAAAUUAUCUGAAGUGUUGUUUAGAUUAAUAUGGGAGGAGGUGUAAGAUAUACACACAUACAUAUACACAAAUCCCAUGGCUUAAGUAUUCCUCCCAGAGUGGUUGUCAUAUGAACCUAUUUUCACUUCCCGCCUUCCUCUCCCAACCUCCACCUUUCCGCCUAACCUUGGCUCUAAAGGGCUCUUCUCUCCACCUCCCAGGUCGUCCCCACCCCACCCCCAUCAUCAAAUUUGGAUAGCUUCUUCCAGAUCUUUGUGUCUUAUGACUAAGAAAAAUAUAGUAGACCCUUUACAUGUAAAUAUCUGUAAGACAUUAUAUCUAUAUAUAAUAUAGAUAUAUAUCUGUAAGAUACUUCUUCUGGAACUCUGUUUCUUUUGGACUAGCACUCCUCUUUCUUAGGAAAUUUCUCUCUCCAGUCUAACAUAGAAUCCAGAUAUAAACUGUCCUGCUUCAUUAGCAGAGUGAUUGAGGAUAAGUACCUAACCAAAGCUGGGCAAAUUCUAGUUUCUUAUCUUUUCUGGCCACAGUGAUUGCAACAGGAAUCUCAUGACUUAAAUUAGGCCAGUCCCUUCCCAGGAUUUUUCAAGUUGAAAUUAAGGUAAAUUAAGCUGGGAAGAUAAAAGCCCAGGAGAUGCUGGCAGCCAGGGUUUAGCCAAACUCAGUGGGAAAGAAUAAGGCUGACACUGAUGCUACUGAUGACAUUCCUUUAGUCCCUGAAGCCCAGUGGUGACCCUGCCAUUCUUGAAAUUUGGUUUUCUCACAGUUUUGAAAGCUGGAAGUCCAAGAAUAGGGUGCCAGCAUGGUUGGGUUCUAGUGAAGAUAGCUGUCUUCUCAUUGUAUCCUACUUGGGUGGGGAGAGAGAGGGCUAGCUUUCUUCCUCUUAGAAAGACUCUAAUCCCACCAUGGGGGCUUUACAACGCAUAACCUAAUUACCUCCCAAAGGCCCCACCUCCUAAUACCAUUCUGUGUGGAGUUAGUUUCAACAAAUGAAUUUGGUGGGAUUUGGGGGGAACAAACAUGCAGUCCAUAACAAUAUCCAGUACCAAAAGUGGGGUCUUUGAAAAGAUAAGAUAGACUUGGACUUCCCUGGUGGCGCAGUGGUUAAGAAUCUACCUGCCAGUGCAGGAGACACGGGUUCGAGCCCUGGUCUGGGAAGAUUCCACAUGCUGCGG